UUGGUACACCAAUCGCGCCUGUCUCUAUUUCCGUAGAGGUCGAAUGCGUGUGCCAGUGAGAGCAGUUCGACGCUCGAAGAUUUCACAGCGGUUUAGACUUCAGUCGGACGGGGUCUGGUCUGCCUUGUCCCCGGCUUGCGACACUAAACGUGAUAAUCACUCCACGCUGAACUUGAUAAGGAACGAGGUGCAGUUUUAACCCUACCAUUGAACUUUUCGAAUACAACGAGCUUCGUGUGACGAUAGAAACGAGUUGCUUGUGGAUCAAAGUGCUGUUUAAUACGAUUAAGAUUUGUUUUUCUCUAUGAAAAGUGAUAAAUUGUGUGACAAGGAAGAGGAAUAAUAUUUUUGUAACAAGUACAGUGCCAAUCGAAGUUUUAUUGGAAUACAUUAAAAAUCUGAAAAUUUUUAAAAAUAUCAUAUAAACGAGUGCAAAAUAAUAUAAGUUGUUUCUUUUUAAAAAAAAUUCAACGUUUAGUGUAAACGAUACGUUUGGUGAAGGUGUUGUAAUAAUAUAUUAUUAUAAAAAAUGCAUUCCUCAAGGGCGAGAUAUUCGUUGAUCAGGUACAGAAAUGUGCUACACGUGUACAAAGUUGCUACGAGGAAUUUUGGCACCGAUGUCCAGUACAAACCCAUCAGAAGCGUCCUCGUCGCUAAUCGAGGUGAAAUUGCCAUUCGUGUGUUUCGAGCAUGUACCGAACUGGGGAUUCGUUCGGUGGCUAUCUAUUCCGAACAGGACAAGAUGCAAAUGCACAGGCAAAAAGCAGACGAGGGUUACAUGAUUGGCAGAGGGCUUCCACCUGUUCAAGCUUAUCUGAAUAUUCCGGAAAUCAUCAAAGUUGCAAAAGAAAACGACGUAGACGCUAUUCAUCCGGGUUAUGGCUUCCUAUCUGAACGAUCCGAUUUCGCGGAAGCAGUAAUUAAUGCUGGAAUGAGAUUCAUCGGUCCUAGCCCGAAAGUUGUUCAGCAAAUGGGAGAUAAGGUAGCCGCGAGAGUAGCUGCAAUAGAAGCUGGAGUGCCAAUUGUUCCGGGGACAGAUGGACCAGUGACCACGUCCGACGAGGCGAUGGAAUUUUGUAUAAAACACGGACUUCCGGUUAUUUUCAAAGCUGCAUACGGAGGAGGAGGAAGAGGAAUGAGAGUUGUAAGGCAAAUGGAAGAAGUGCGAGAAUCAUUCGAGCGUGCAUCAUCGGAAGCGAAAGCUGCUUUCGGAAACGGAGCAAUGUUCAUUGAGAAAUUCAUUGAAAGGCCAAGGCAUAUUGAAGUUCAAUUGCUGGGAGACAAUGCUGGCAAUGUCGUUCAUCUUUACGAACGAGAUUGUUCUGUGCAACGUCGUCAUCAAAAGGUUGUCGAGAUUGCUCCUGCACCACGAUUGGAUCCCAAGAUUAGAAACGAAAUGACUGAGCGUGCUGUGCGAUUGGCCAAACACGUUGGUUAUUCAAACGCUGGUACUGUUGAAUUUCUGGCUGACGAACGUGGAAACUUCUACUUCAUUGAGGUCAAUGCUAGGCUUCAAGUAGAACACACAGUAACCGAAGAAAUCACUGGAAUUGAUUUAGUGCAAUCUCAAAUUCGUAUUGCCGAGGGUAUGACGUUACCUGAGCUGGGUAUGACUCAGUCGAAGAUUAUCCCUCAAGGUUCAGCCAUACAAUGUCGUGUAACCACGGAAGAUCCUGCAAAGAACUUCCAACCAGAUACCGGAAGAAUCGAGGUGUUCCGUUCGGGAGAAGGUAUGGGCAUCCGAUUGGAUGGUGCAUCGGCGUUCGCUGGUGCGAUCAUUUCACCUUACUACGAUUCGCUUCUUGUUAAGGUGAUAGCUCAUGCAAGUGAUUUGCAAGCAUCCUGUGCGAAAAUGAACCGUGCUCUACGUGAGUUUCGUGUUCGUGGUGUGAAAACGAACAUCCCUUUCCUAUUGAACGUGCUGGAGAAUCAGAAGUUUCUUAGCGGCAACGUGGACACCUACUUUAUCGACGAAAAUCCGCAACUCUUCCAGUUCCAACCAAGCCAGAACCGUGCUCAGAAAUUGUUGAAUUAUCUCGGUUCCAUUCUGGUGAAUGGUCCCAGUACUCCACUGGCAACAUCACUGAAACCUGCUGAUAUAAAACCACACAUUCCCCAGAUUGCGCUAGACUUUGCUAAGCUUGCAGCUGCAGAAGAGAACAAUGAUCCAGAUCUACCAGAUCUCCUGGAACCACCUAAAGGCUUCCGUCACAUCUACAAGGAACAAGGACCGGAAGCUUUCGCCAAGGCCAUUAGGCAACACGACGGGUUGCUUUUGAUGGAUACCACUUUUCGUGAUGCUCAUCAAUCUCUCUUAGCAACACGUGUAAGGUCACACGACCUUCUGUUGAUCUCGCCCUUCGUUGCUCAUAAGUUCAACAAUCUGUACUCUCUGGAGAACUGGGGUGGUGCCACUUUCGACGUCGCCCUUAGGUUUCUUCACGAAUGUCCUUGGGAACGAUUGGAGGAUAUGAGGAAAGCUAUUCCAAACAUUCCUUUCCAAAUGCUUCUCAGAGGUGCCAAUGCGGUCGGUUAUACCAAUUAUCCUGAUAAUGUUGUCUACAAGUUCUGUGAACUGGCUGUGCAGACUGGAAUGGACAUCUUCAGAGUAUUCGAUUCGUUGAAUUACUUACCAAAUUUAAUCCUUGGUAUGGAAGCAGCUGGUAAAGCUGGUGGCAUCGUGGAGGCUGCAAUUUCUUAUACAGGUGACGUGAGUGACCCAAAUAGGAAGAAAUACGACUUGAAAUAUUACACAAACUUAGCUGAUGAGUUGGUAAAGGCUGGUACUCAUGUCCUGGCGAUCAAGGAUAUGGCAGGUCUUCUGAAGCCAAAAGCAGCUGUCAUGUUAAUCGAUGCUAUUAGACAGAAACAUCCUGAUGUACCAUUGCACAUUCACACUCAUGACACUGCUGGAGCUGGAGUAGCAGCCAUGUUAGCUUGUGCUGAAAGUGGAGCUGAUGUGGUUGACGUUGCUGUAGACAGUAUGUCUGGAAUGACUAGUCAACCCUCUAUGGGUGCUGUAGUUGCCUCCCUAAUGGGAACUCCAAAGGAUACCAAAUUUAACCUCAAUGAUGUAUCUGAGUAUUCUGCAUUCUGGGAACAGACCAGAACUCUGUAUGCUCCAUUUGAAUGCACAACCACCAUGAAAUCUGGAAAUGCUGAUGUCUACUUGAAUGAAAUUCCUGGAGGGCAAUACACCAAUUUACAAUUCCAGGCUUACUCGCUGGGUUUGGGAGAAAUGUUUGAAGAUGUCAAAAAAGCUUACAGAGAGGCUAAUCUGUUGUUGGGCGAUAUAAUAAAAGUUACUCCUAGCUCCAAGGUUGUUGGUGAUCUUGCUCAAUUUAUGGUUCAGAAUAAGCUGUCGGCUGAUGAUGUGUUAAAUAAAGCUGAAGAAUUGUCCUUCCCAAAAUCGGUUGUUGAGUUCCUGCAGGGUGCUAUUGGUGAACCUCAUGGAGGAUUCCCUGAGCCAUUGAGGUCGAAGGUAUUAAAGAACAUGCCACGGGUCCAAGGAAGACCUGGUGCAAGUUUGCCUCCAUUGGACUUUGAUGCCCUAAAAUCUCAGUUGCAAGAAUCUUAUCCUCAGGUCACAGAAAAUGAUAUCAUGUCGGCAGCUCUCUAUCCUAGUGUUACGAACGACUAUUUGAACUUCAGAGAACAAUAUGGACCUGUAGAUAAAUUGGAAACUAGGGUUUUCUUGACUGGACCGAAGGUUGCAGAGGAAUUCGAUGUAACGAUUGAGAAGGGUAAAACAUUAGCUAUUAAGACUCUCGCAGUUGCUGAAGAUCUCACCAAGAAUGGAGAACGCGAGGUGUUCUUUGAGAUGAACGGACAAGUCAGAUCUGUGUUUAUUAAGGAUAAGGAAGCUGUUAAGGAGCUUCAUGUUCACCCCAAAGUUGUCAAAGGAGAUAAAAAUCAAAUUGGAGCACCCAUGCCUGGUACUGUGAUUGACAUCAGAGUGAAAGUAGGAGAUACAGUAGAUAAAGGAGUACCAUUGGUUGUUUUAUCCGCCAUGAAAAUGGAGAUGGUGGUCCAAGCACCAAGAGCAGGGAAAGUAAAGUCACUGGAAGUCUCUCAAGGAAUAAGAUUAGAAGGAGAUGAUCUAAUCUUGACCUUGGAAUAGAAUUUUUAGUCACUUGCAUCUGUAAAAUCACAUCGUUGUAUACAUUCUUCAAACAAGAAUGCAUUUUGUUUAAUGAAUACUUAAAUAUCUAUUUUCUAUCUGUAACUAAUAUUAAUCAUAACAAUUUACCAAUACGUAAAAAGUGAAGAUAUUAAUGUAUCAUUCAAUAAUGUAAUUUUUUCAAUAUUAUUCUAAAAUUUUGAAAGACUGUUAACCCUUUCAUUAUUAAUGUAAUUAUGAAAAACACAAAAUUGCAAAUUUAUAAUAUUUAAAUAUUUUAUUUUAAAUGAGUUUUUGAAAUAGACUAACAUAUUUGAUUAUUGUUAUUUUCUUAUAAUUAUUACUUAUAAGAAUACAAAAAUGUAUUUUUUAAAUUCUAAAUUCAGUAAAUUAUACAAUGAAGGUUUAAUAAUUUUCUAAUCUUAAUAAUAUGAAAAAGAAGCUGAAAGUAAUUUUGCAAUAAGUGAUCACAAAUUUCUCAAACUACCUCGUAUAUAGAAUUAAUUAAUUAAACAAAAUGCAUCUCUUGUUCAAUAACAAAGAGGAUUAUGCAUAAACGUUCAUUCAAGUACAUUUGUCAAGAAGAAAGAGCGACAAACAUCAAAACGUUUUUUAUCCUACUCGAUUUUAAUCAGUCAAGUCAAGCCCAUUGUAUCGUGAUGAUCAUUUAUUAGUAUUUAAUUUAAAAUUAUCAAACCGAGCUAAUAUUCUUCACUUGCCAGAAAUCUUACGUAUGGUUGUUUGUCGAUUUUUUAAAUUUUGCAACGAGAAUUGAUCUAUGCUGCCUAAAAUAUCAAUUCCUUUAUACUUCGUGUUCAUACUUGAUGUUAGGUACAGGCCUACAAUUGUAAUUAGGUGAAUGAAUGUUACAGUUAAUGUUACCGAAUUUUAAAGUUUCAUAAGGAUACUGUUUGUAAAAUUAGUAUCAUAUUGAAGUUGCACAAAAUGCUGUUCUCUUUGUUUAUUUUUUGAAAUGUUUAGUGCCAGUACAUCAGUGUUUCUCAAACUGUACUAUACUAUUUACUGUACAAUUCAAUAGUACAAAGAAGAUUGCAAAGUGUCCAGAAACAAGAAUUAGUUUGCAAACUAAUAUAUUUGAGUUGCACCAAGGUAAUGGACAUGUUGAGAGCCACAACAGAAAUAAUUAAGCUGUUAAAUUAAUCCAGAUUAUUAAGAAUACAAAGGAGUAAUUUUUUAUCUCAAUGCUGCAAGUUUUAAUUUCAAAUUAUUACUAGUGGUCUAAAUUUUCUGCCUUUCUGUCCUUGGUUUUUAAUUUUCCACUAAAUUAAAUUAAAAACAUCAGUCAUUAAUAGUUAUUAUGACAACCUAUUAAUAACUGAUCUUUGUAAAUUAGUUUAACAAACAUUUUAUGUAAUUUUAAAUUGUAAAACAAAAUGAAAUAACAAAUUGAAGCUCUCAAGAAAAGCUAUUAGUUUAUUAAAUACAAUUGUGUGAAUAUUUAUUGUACAAUAGUUUUGUAUAAAAGAAACUGCAACAAGUUUGUGUACAAAGAAAUUGUAAAUUUCAAUUCCAAUCAGAUUGUGUAACCCUGUGUUCAAAAUAUAGAAAAAUCGAUGCUGUUUGACCGUAAAUCCUGUGAUUUGAUGUAUAUUUUGCGUGUGAAUGAAGAAAUUAAUUUAAUUUUAAUUCAAAUUAAUUUUGAAUUAGUUUAGAAUCUUGAGAAAAAUAAGUUGCAUAAUAGUUGUCAAAGGAAUCGGUGUAAUUUCUGAAUUCCUUGCUACAAUAAUUUUAAUUAGUGCGUUUUAAAACAAAUUUUCAACAUAAUUUGUACAUUAAUUUUAUAAAUAUAGUGUUGUGUAUUUGUAUUAAAGGCGAGCAUUACUUUUUAACAUGUUUUAGUUUUAAUUUCUGAAUUAUUGUAUGUAGUAAGAAAAAUCAUUGAAAACAACAUUGUAUAUAUUAAUUUAUAAGUUGUCAAAUGCAAAUUAUUAUAUGAUUCUUUUGAAUGAAAUAAACAAUUAGACCAAAUUUAUAACAACACCACAAACAGUUAUAAUAAAAAUGUGAUAAUGGUUCUUUGUUUCCUCUAAGGCUUAGAGUCUAAGCGUCAAAAUUGACAGUGUCAAUUUCAGUGAAGUUGAAUUUCAACAAUAACAAGUGCAAAGGUAAAAGUGAUAAUCGUUCCUCCUUUGAUCGCGUU